AUGACUGGUUCAAGCCUCGGAACAGAAGAAUACAAUUAUGACCGCCUAAUGAAGAACCGUGCAAUAAAGUACUUGAACCUAGCAUUUCAUUUUGACUUUAGCACUACAGUUCUGAAAAGGCUUCUUAACAUAUUUUCCGAAGUGGAGAAGCUCGACCUAAGUCAUUGUGAAUUCCUACGCCAUGAUAAACUGAAUGUUCCUGAUAUACUAGAGUGCAACAAGAAGCUUGUGAAACUGGAUUUAGGAGGAUCCCAUGGUAUCAAGGAUUUAACUGCAAAAGACAUGUUGUCAGUGUUAGAGAAGCUGAUUUUGAACUUUUCAGAUAUAAAUGAUAAAUUGCUUAUAAAGUUCGGGAGGAUCUGCCCCAGAUUGAUUCACCUGGAUCUGGCGUAUUGCAUUCAAGUGACAGAAGAAGGGGUAAAGGAAGUGGUGAAAUCGUGCAAACAACUGAGAUACUUGAGCAUAAGUUGUUGUAUAAAUUUGGAUAUCAAUAUAAUAGCAUGGAUAGUGACAAACAGACCAUCCUUGAGAAAACUGGUGUCAUCAUCUCGCAAAUACCCAGAUGAUGAAAACCAGAAACACUUCCUGCAGCAAGGCUGUCUUGUCCUCAAGGACACUAGUAGAUUAUUAUUGUAA